AUGGCAGCCGCGUCGCCAUUGACGCCGCACGCCUCGUUGCCGCGCAGUAAGCAGAGCUGCAGCGUCGCGGUUGUGGGCGCAGGCGCGGCAGGCCUGGCGGCCGCGCGCGAGCUGCUACGAGAGGGUCACACACCCGUGGUGUUUGAGCAGGGCAGCCAGCCGGGUGGCAUCUGGAUGUACGACGAGCGGACGGACGCCGACCCCCUGGGCGAGCGCGACACACGGCGGCGCGCGCACAGCUCAAUGUACCGCGGCCUGCGCACCAACCUGCCCCGGGAGCUGAUGGGCUUUGGUGACUUCCCCUUUACGCCCGCCGGGAUGGCCGCUGCGGGGGCGGCGUCAGCCGACGCGCGCCGCUUCCCCUCUCACGGCGAGGUGCUCGCGUACCUCAGGGCCUUUGCGGCGCGCCACGACCUGGAGCGCCACGUUCGCUUUGGGGCGCGCGUCACGCGCGCGGCGCCUGUCUGGAGCAGCAGCAGCGGUCAGCAGGAGGGGAACGGCGUCGGCACCGCCAGUGAUGCAUGUGGCGACGGCGAGCCUGUUGUGGCAGGCUGUGGGCCACGAUGGGCGGUGACGUUUGAGGUGGAGGCCGAGGGCGGCAGAGUCGAGCAGCAACAGCAGCUGCCGUGGAAAGUUGUGCCGUUUCCUCAGUUUGAGUUGCAGGCGCGCCUGGUGGCGCGCGUCCUGUCUGGCCGGGCGGCGCUGCCCAGCCGUAGCGCCAUGGCGGCUGAAAUGGACAAGUUCUACGCUGGGUUGAGGGAGGCGGGAGUGCCCCCCAAGUGGACUCACAUGAUGGAUGUGCGGCAGUGGGAGUACAACAACUGGCUGAUCACUCAGGCUGGGUGCCCUCAACCCCUGCCGGCCUGGCGCGGCGACAUGUACGCAGCCACCGGCAGGAACAAGCGCGCCCACCCCGACGACUACAGGGACCAUUGGGACGACACGUCCAGCCUGGAGGAGGCGCAGGAGGAGCUGGCUGCCCUGGUGGAGGGGCUGAGGGGGAGCCAAGAGCAGGGGCCGGCCGGCAGCAUCAGCAGCGAUGCCGACGCCGCCAACGGCACGCCUGCGGCGAUAAGCGUGUGCACAUGA